AAAUGUCUUCACCACAACCACCAAACACUCAACAAACACAGAAAGGUGCCAGAGAUACAGCUAGAACGUUCAAUAAAUUCGCCAAGCGUGAUCCAGCUCUGUAUCCUCUCGCUGGUAUCAUCGGAGGUAUCGUCGUAGUAGCAGGCUUCUUCCUCACUAGCAAAACGGACACGACGAAAGCAGAGCGCAAAUUUGCCAACCAAACAUGGGCUGACAGGCUAGCUCAAGAGAAGACGAACUGGAAGACAGAGUUGAACACUCCACCAUCAAAAUAAUUCAAAAACAAGUAAAUUAGCCCAAAUGUACUUCUUUGGAAUGCCUUGAAAUGAUUUUAAAUUUUAUUUAUUUGUAACUGAUUAGUUAUCUUGCUCUUGACGAU